CAUCGCGAGUUCUCCUCAAGAAUCGCUCUCGUCUCCUCCAUUGGAGCUCGCGAUCGAUUGGUGAGCUUGCUCGGCUGAUGGCUUUCAUCGGCACGGUGGCGGCUGAGGUGCUGAUCCCGCUUGCGGCGGUGAUCGGCAUCGUGUUCGCCGUGCUCCAGUGGUACGUGGUCGCCAAGGUGGCCGUCCCGUCGCACUCCGGCGAGGGCGGCGGCAAGGUGGGGAGGGGGAGGGAGAGCGACGGGGAGGGGGAGGAGGAGGAGGAGGAGGGCGUGGACUACCGCGGGGUGGAGGCGAGGUGCGCGGAGAUCCAGCACGCCAUCUCCGUCGGCGCGACGUCGUUCCUGGUGACGGAGUACAAGUACCUGGGCGCGUUCAUGGCGGCGUUCGCGGCGGUGAUCUUCGUGUCGCUGGGGUCCGUGCGGCGGUUCGGCACGGCGCCGGAGCCGUGCGCGUACGACGCGGCGAGGACGUGCAGGCCGGCGCUGGCGAACGCGGCGUUCACGACGGUGGCGUUCCUCCUCGGCGCGGCGACGUCGGUGGUGUCGGGCUACCUCGGGAUGCGCGUCGCCACGUUCGCGAACGCGCGGACGGCGCUGGAGGCGCGGCGCGGCGUGGGGCGGGCCUUCGCGGUGGCGUUCCGGUCGGGCGCCGCCAUGGGCUUCCUCCUGGCGUCCAGCGCGCUGCUCGUCCUGUUCGCCGCCGUCAACCUGUUCGGCCUCUACUACGGCGACGACUGGGGCGGCCUGUACGAGUCCAUCACCGGGUACGGCCUCGGCGGCUCCUCCAUGGCGCUCUUCGGCCGCGUCGGCGGCGGCAUCUACACCAAGGCCGCCGACGUCGGCGCCGACCUCGUCGGCAAGGUCGAGCGCAACAUCCCCGAGGACGAUCCCCGCAACCCCGCGGUGAUCGCAGACAACGUGGGGGACAACGUCGGCGACAUCGCCGGGAUGGGGUCCGACCUGUUCGGGUCGUACGCGGAGGCGUCGUGCGCGGCGCUGUUCGUGGCGUCGAUCUCGUCGUUCGGCGCCGACCACGACUUCGCGGCGAUGAUGUACCCGCUGCUGGUGAGCGCGGCGGGCAUCGUGGCGUGCGCCGCCACCACGCUCGUCGCCACCGACGCCGGCGAGGUCGGGGGCGUCGACGAGGUCGCGCCGGCGCUCAAGCGGCAGAUCCUCGUCUCCACCGUGCUCAUGACCGGCGCCGUCGCCGCCGUCACCUUCCUCGCCCUCCCGCGCUCCUUCACCCUCUUCGACUUCGGCGACCACAAGCUCGUCAAAAACUGGCACCUGUUCAUCUGCGUCUCGGCUGGUUUGUGGGCGGGACUGGUGAUCGGAUACGUCACAGAGUACUUCACCAGCAACGCUUACGGGCCGGUGCAGGCGGUGGCGAACUCGUGCCGGACGGGGGCGGCGACGAACGUGAUCUUCGGGCUGGCGGUGGGGUACAAGUCGGUGAUCGUGCCGAUCUUCGCCAUCGCCGGCGCCAUGUACGCCAGCUUCCGGCUCGCCGCCAUGUACGGCAUCGCGCUGGCGGCGCUGGGGAUGCUGAGCACCAUCGCGACGGGGCUGACCAUCGACGCGUACGGGCCGAUCAGCGACAACGCCGGCGGCAUAGCGGAGAUGGCCGGGAUGCCGCGGCGGGUCCGGGAGCGGACCGACGCGCUCGACGCCGCGGGGAACACGACGGCGGCGAUCGGGAAGGGGUUCGCGAUCGGGUCGGCGGCGCUGGUGUCGCUGGCGCUGUUCGGCGCGUACGUGAGCCGCGCCGGGAUCAGGACGGUGAACGUGGUGAGCCCGCGGGUGUUCGUCGGGCUCCUCGCCGGCGCCAUGCUGCCCUACUGGUUCUCGGCGAUGACGAUGCGGAGCGUGGGGAGCGCAGCGCUGCGGAUGGUGGAGGAGGUGCGGCGCCAGUUCGAGGAGAUCCCGGGGCUCGCCGAGGGGCUCGCGGCGCCGGACUACGCCACCUGCGUCAGGAUCUCCACCGACGCCUCGCUCCGGGAGAUGGUGGCGCCGGGGGCGCUGGUGAUGCUGAGCCCGCUGGUGGCCGGGACGCUGUUCGGGGUGGAGGCGCUGGCCGGGCUGCUCGCCGGCGCGCUGGUGUCCGGCGUGCAGGUGGCGAUCUCGGCGUCGAACAGCGGCGGCGCGUGGGACAACGCGAAGAAGUACAUCGAGGCCGGCGCGACGGAGGCGGCGCGGUCGCUGGGGCCGAAGGGCUCGGAGGCGCACAAGGCGGCGGUCAUCGGGGACACCAUCGGCGACCCGCUCAAGGACACCUCCGGCCCCUCGCUCAACAUCCUCGUCAAGCUCAUGGCCGUCGAGGCGCUCGUCUUCGCCCCCUUCUUCGCCGCCCAUGGCGGCAUCGUCUUCAACCACCUCUGAGCCUGCAUUGCCGUUGCCGCCAUUAGGGUUUCGAUCUUAUUGACCAGACGUUUCAAAAUAAUAAUUGUAGCCUCCAUCGGGAUAAUGCAUUGUUGUCGGACUUAAUCCAAGUGAGUGUCUUGAAGCUUGGGAUGAUGCGAUUCAAGACUUUAAUCCAAAUGCAAUUCUAGACUUAAUCCA